ACUUACCCAGGAUUCACCCCACACCUGCUUACUCUGGAGGGACAUUUCCACCUCCCUUUCUACCGAGAGUUCUUCAUGGCUUCUGGUGCUGUAAGUGCAACUCGAGAGAGCAUGGACUACCUCUUGGGUCGUGAGGGUUCUGGUCGCGCUCUCUGCCUGGUUGUGGGCGGGGCAAAGGAGGCGCUUGAUUGCCAUCCUGGACAGGUCAUUCUGCACCUGAGCAAGCGCAAGGGCUUCUGUAAGAUGGCCCUGAGACAUGGAGCCUCACUGGUACCCAUGUUCUCCUUUGGUGAGAAUGACGUCUAUGACCAAAUUGCGAAUCCCGAAGGAUCACUCAUCCGUCGCAUCCAGAACAGCGUGCAGAAGAUGAUAGGACUGGCCCCUUGCAUGUUCAUUGGCCGAGGAGUGUUCCAGUACAGCUUUGGUAUUGUCCCAUUCCGCAAGCCCAUAUACACAGUGGUUGGCGCCCCCAUUGACGUUCCCCUCGUCAAAAAUCCCACGAAGGAACAGAUCGUGAACUUGCACGAGACUUAUGUGAACGCUGUCGUUGAUUUGUAUAAUAAGUACAAAGAUCGGUAUUCUGAGCAUCCAGAGUGCAAGAUCACCAUUGUUUGAGGAAUCCAAAGUGUUAUAUACAUAUAUAUGUGUCCAAUGUAAUUUGAGAGCUGUUGUUAUUGCAAAUGUUUUUGUUCUGUGCUUGUUAUAUGGUCAGUUUUUAUUUUUCAUUCUUAAAUGCCAACAAAAGGAUGAGACACAAAUUAGUUUGAAGUUAAGUUCAUUAUAGACUAUACUAGGUUAAAGUUAUUUUUCUAAUGCAUUUCUAGAUGCCAAUGUAUAAGGUUUCUUCCCUCUGGCUGUGACCAAAUGUGCUAUGCUUUCUGUAGCAAAUUCCAAAUGGAACAAAAAUUUAUAUUGAUAUUAUAUAGACCAGAGUAAAAAAAAAAUUGUGAAAUUGGAUCUCAUAGCAUGUUUUUGUUUUUAUUUACACAUACUGAUUAUUUGUUCAACAUAAGCAUUUAUAAAUUUUAAUAAAUUUGUUUGUGAUACUGGUUAUGUAGUGUUUUUUGUUUUUGUUUUUCCAUAUCUUUCCUUUUCCACUUUUCUUUUUGUAGUUGAAGCAUCAUACUCAUAAUUUUUUGAGAGUGCCAAUAAAAAUAUAGCCCACUAUAGUAAUUGCUUUUGAGAGAUUUAUUUUUCCAAUAGACAUCUGCUAAAACGUGUAACGUGUCUCAAGACUUAUUUAUUUGUGUAGUCAAGAUUCAUUUUUAUGUUAAUUAAAAAAUAUAUAUUCAUAUGUUGCCUUUUUAUGGAAGAGAUUUAUUAAAGGUUGAAUAAUCAUGGAAAUUGUCUCCAGUAAACUACUUAAUUUUUCUGUGUAUACCUUUCUGUGUUCACAUACAUGAGCAUGUGUAUCAUCCCAGAGUGAGGGAGUAAAGCCUUGUCCAGACCAAGAUACAUUGUACUGAAACAAUUUGACAACAGUGUAUAAAUAGUUUAGCAAUACUGUAUCUGUGCUGUCCAGAUACAGUUGCUCAGCAGCUGAGUAGCAUUCCAAAAUUUUUGCUUUGCAGUUUAGCAACUUGUGAAGCAGUCAUGAAACACGAGCAACUUUAUCCAGUGACUGUUGUGAGGUAUUCAAGAUACAAUGGCACCAAUUUGUUUAUGAACUGUUUCAUGACUUGCUGAAUAGUUACACAGUGCUGUACAUCCAGACCAAGCUAGACUUAACCUCCCACAAAUUGGGAGUGGAACUUUACAACUCAUAAUGAUGCCAGAAAAAUUAUUAAUAGUUUAUCACGCAGCUGUAUUGCCUUGCAUUACUUGGUACUGUCAGAAGCCUAGUAUUUCUAUUUUUAUUAUACAUUGUAGGUAGUGUCAAGAGGUAGAUGACUUAGAAUAAAUGUGCUGUCAGUUUAACCUGCUUGUGACCAUAUGAUUUUCUAUGCUAUAUUCGUCAAGUUCAAGGACAUACUGAGAAUGGUAUAUGGUGACAAGUUUCAGCUGCACUUUAAAAUAGAAGCGAUGUAAAUAUAGUGACUGUAUAAGUUGAUAGCUCAUUAAUACAAAAUUAAUUGCUUCUUGACAUAACAUAAUAUUUUCAAAAUACCAAAUAUGAAGGCUUCUGACAACACUAAGCCAUGUGAGUCAGUACAGUUGCAUGAGAGGUAAAUUUCUGCCAGCAUUGUGCUAUCUCAGUACAUCUGCCCAAUAGGAUCCUAUUUUUUCUGUUCUAUUGGGCUUUUUCCUCUUUCCUGCUAGUGCAACACUUCAUUAAAUAUGUAGUGACUAGUCUGCAGUAUAUAUGUGAUUUAACUUUUCAGCAUAAUGUAGAUUCUGUAAAUUCCAUGGUAUGUGUAUUUUCCUGUAGUUGAUCACACACUAUUUACAGCAAACCCUCUUCCAAUCACAAGUCAGCUUAUGAUUGACCAAUGGCCAACAGAUGGUGAUAAGUCAUGUUGCCCAUAACUUUGUUUCAUGUUUCCCAUAUCCACUGAGAAACACACAAACAGGCUAAAUCCUGUCUUGGAACUCUUCAGCAACCUUUGUGAAACCAAAUUGGAUUGUUGCUCAACGGUGAGUGACUUUUCAGAUACAAGACAUUUUUUGAUUUGUUGAGCAACUGUUUCAGAUACAGUAUUGAUCAACAAUGUAUCUUGGUCUGGAGUAGGCUUAAGAGAAUGUUAUUGUGCAUAUGAUGUAUUCCUAGAAUGCCUGAAAAAUUAAAUGACAUGAACAUAUAGUUUUUAGAUCAAGUAAUGUGUUUGAGCUAACAAAUGAUUACAUUGUUUUGUUUUAAUUCUGUGCAGUGAACACAGAUCAGGUUUAAAAAGAAAGCGUAUGAAUUAGACUGCUUUCAACAGGUCUCAUAUUGUAGUUUGUUUAUGUAAAGAUGCAGGUUAUUCUAUGUUGCUUGUUUGGUUCAGAGUUUGAAUUAUGAAGAACAAAUGAAGACUGUAGACAGAUGCUACCAGUUAAGAUCCAAGAUCAGUUUAAUUGAAUUAGUCUUAGAAUUUUUGUACCUUUCAUUAACUAUUUGCAUCUUGAUCUAAUGAAGGUAAAUAUAUCAUUAAAGUCAUCAAGUGUGAAUGAGAUUCAACUGGAUUACACCAUGUUACAUAAUUGCCUUGUUUGUUGAAGGUAAUAAAGUUUGUUUGCUUAAGUAUAAUCCAUUUAGAUAGGGAUUUAUUUUUAUAUCAGCAUUUUUCUUGUCUUUCAAAAUUCAAGACUUUUUUUGAUAAAACUGCUUUUAUGUUGAAAACUAAUUUAAUUUUAAAGGCUGUUACAGCAAUUGGUAGGGAAAUUAUUGGUCAUAGUUAAAGACUAUAUAUUUUAGUGGAUAGAUAAUUUUUUUGAAAAAUAAUAUAUUUUAUUUGUUGGUUUGGUUUGUUGGGACCUUAGACACAUGAUUAUGGAGCAUACUCAAAAACAUGUCAGUUGUGUCCAAUUUUGUAUGCAAACUAAAAAAA